AAGAAUUUUGAAAGUUAUGCAUUGGUUUGUCUUAUUUAUUUAAUCAACAUGUCGCUUUUACACAGUAAAGAAUGUUCAGGUCCUCUUGGUAUGAGUGAUGGUAGAAUCAAAGACUCGCAAAUCACAGAGUCUAGUGUUCAUAGACAAACUACAGCAAAUGGUAAACAGGCUCGUCUAGGUCAGAAUGUUAAACCCUGGGGUGCUUGGUGUCCAGACGUCACUGGAGGAUCAAGUACUGGAAAGAAUUACGACCAGUAUAUUGAGAUUGAUUUGGUAAAUCUGACAACCAUUACCAAAAUUGCAACUCAGGGACGAGAGUUUAGUGAUGGAAAAGAAUAUGCUAUGGAUUAUAAAAUAUCCUACAGCGUUUAUGGUCAAAAAUGGUCAAACGAAACGAAGAUAUAUCCGGGAAACAUGGAUGAGCGCGGUGUUGUUGAACAUGAACUAAAAAAUUCAUUUAAUGCAAGGCUCCUCAGGAUUUAUCCAGGAUACAAGAAAAAAUUCCCCGUGUGUAUGAGGCUGGAGCUGUAUGGUUGUGCAGUUCAAGAAGGUAUUAUUUCCUACUCAGUGCCAGUUGGACAGAAAACCAAGAAUGGAAAAUAUCACUUUAGUGACACAUCUUAUAACGGGAAUAUUUCAAAUGGUUUUUACCAAGGUGGCACUGGAAUACUCACAGAUGGCCAAUUUGCUUCAGUUAACUCGAAAGAUUCCCGUGGUAAAGGUUGGGUGGGAUGGUCUAGUGUAAACGCUUUGUUACCAUAUAUUGAAAUUAUAUUUCAAUUUUUUGGCGUGAGGAAGUUCAAGGAUGUUACACUGACUCUGAAUGUUGACAGGAGACGUAGUAAUGCUGUAUUCAACAAAUCACGGAUAUUCUUUGCUUCAACUGAAGGCAGUUUCCCGAAAACAUUUCUUCAGUAUUAUCCAAAAGAUUAUCCUGCAAAGAAUGGUUGA